AUGCAGGACGGUCGCGCUCCAAGGAUAAAAAACCGCGCCCCUGCGGCGGUUCAGAUCACAGCUGAGCAGAUCUUACGCGAAGCUCAAGAGCGGCAAGAGAGCGCAUUUCGUGCACCAAAGCAACGGGUUGAAGACUUCGAAGAACUUAAUGAAUACCGAGGCCGGAAGCGGAAGGAGUUCGAAGAACGUAUCCGCCGAACGAGGGGCAGCAUAAAAGAGUGGUUGCAGUACGCGAACUGGGAGGCUUCUCAAAAUGAAUUCGCUCGGUCGCGCUCAGUAUACGAGCGAGCUCUCGAUGUCGACCCUCGAAGCAUCCAACUAUGGCUCAGUUACACAGAGAUGGAGCUCAAAUCCCGAAAUGUACAACAUGCUCGCAACCUCUUUGAUCGUGCAGUGACACUGCUUCCCCGGGUCGAUCAACUAUGGUACAAAUACGUCUACUUGGAAGAGUUACUUCAAAAUGUCCCGGGCGCACGACAGGUGUUUGAGCGGUGGAUGAAAUGGGAACCCGAUGAUAAGGCCUGGCAAGCUUACAUCAAGAUGGAAGAGCGGUACAAUGAGUUAGACAGAGCCAGCACCAUAUACGAGCGUUGGAUCGCUGUGAGGCCAGAGCCUAGAGUAUGGGUUAAGUGGGCAAAAUUCGAAGAGGAGAGGCAACGGUCGGACAAAGCCAGGGAGGUCUUCCAAACGGCUCUAGAAUUCUUCGGGGACGAUGAGGAACAGGUUGAGAAAGCCCAGGCCGUCUUCAGCGCGUUUGCAAAGAUGGAGACGCGGCUGAAAGAAUUCGAGCGCGCCCGUGUCAUAUAUAAGUUUGCCCUUUCUCGCAUCCCGAGAUCCAAAUCAGCAUCUCUAUACGCCGCUUACACCAAGUUCGAGAAACAGCAUGGCACCAGGACUACUCUCGAAAAUACGGUUUUAGGCAAGAGACGUAUACAAUACGAGGAAGAAGUGACACAUGAUGGUCGCAAUUACGAUGUCUGGUUCGACUAUGCUCGGUUAGAAGAAGGUGCAUAUCGUGAUCUGAAAGACGAGGGAGCAACACAGGAGGAAGAGGAGGCUGCGAUUGGGCGGGUACGAGAGGUAUACGAGCGCGCUGUUGCUCAAGUCCCACCAGGCGGUGAAAAGCGUCAUUGGAGACGGUAUAUCUUUUUGUGGUUAGAUUACGCUCUGUUUGAGGAGAUUGAAACGAAGGAUUACGAUCGUGCUCGACAAGUGUAUCAAACAGCACUCCAACUCGUUCCACAUAAACAAUUUACAUUCGCAAAACUCUGGCUCAUGUUUGCGAAGUUCGAGCUACGCCGUCUCGACUUGCCCGCUGCAAGGAAAAUAUUAGGUGCAUCGAUAGGAAUGUGUCCCAAGGAGGCUUUGUUCAAGGGUUACAUCCAAUUGGAAAUUGACUUGCGGGAAUUCGACCGUGCUCGGCAGCUUUAUGAAAAGUAUAUUGAAUUCGACUCCGCCAAUUCUGCAGCCUGGAUACGAUACGCCGAGUUGGAGACUCAACUCCAAGACUUUGCGAGAGCCCGGGCUAUCUACGAACUCGGCGUCUCCCAGUCUCCUCUCGCCAUGCCCGAACUUUUGUGGAAGUCCUAUAUCGACUUUGAGACCGAGGAAGGAGAAAGGGAGAUUGCGAGGUCCCUCUACGAGCGCCUCAUCUCUUUGAGUGGACACGUCAAAGUCUGGAUCGCAUAUGCAAUGUUCGAAGGCGAGGCUAUCCCUGUGCCACGUGAUCAGAGAGACGAGGAUGAGGAGGAUGAGGACGCGGAGGUUAAGAUGGCGCCCGGCGAUCCUGAACGUGCCCGUCAAGUCUUCGAAAAGGGCUACAAGGAUUUGAAGUCCAAGGGUUUGAAGAAUGAGCGCGUUGCACUACUCAAUGUCUGGAAGACAUAUGAAGAGAACCACGGCUCCGCAGAUGAUGUUGCCAAGGUGCAAGCCAUGAUGCCAAUUGUCAGCAAACGUCGCGUCGUGGAUCAGGACACCGGACAAACCGUCGAAGACUGGGAUCUGGUCUUCGCUGACGACGAACGAGAGUCCAAUCCGACUUCAUUCAAGUUCUUACAGAUGGCGCAUGCAUGGAAAGCUUCGCAAGCAAAGAAACCCGGAACAACCCUGUCUGGAUUCACGGCGGCUACAUCUACGUCAACGAAGGCGACACAUGAUAAAGACACAGGUAGUGAUGUGGCUAGCUCCGACGAUGAAGGCAACUAG